ACGACUGGGAGAGAUGAAAUGAAAGGCCAACUCAAAAAUGUGCAAAGACAUGACGUAGGAAUAUUCACGAGACAGAUUGGAAAGGGCUUUCCCGAAGAACUAUCGAAAGCCAAUCCCAAGAUUGCAGAAGCGACGACGAUCAAAACUGUCGCGAGAACCCGAUUGAAGAUGGGGAAGGUUAAAGACGAACUGAAGGCGAUGCUUCCGAUUUUAACGCCUUCAGAAGUGAGAAGGUCACUUUAUUUUUUUGGAAUAAAAAAUAUAUCUUCUCUCUCAAAACGAACUUUUUUUUCCCCUACCAGAUUCUUUCGUUUUACAUACAAACGCAUCGAAUAUUGUCCUUUUAUAAUCGAUAUUGCUCUAUCUUCGAGUAGAUUUCAUUUACUACCUCACGAAGCGAUCAUUGACGAGCUCGAAGAAGGCAAUUAUGAGGAAUCAAUCCGAUAUUUGAAAGAAUUAUUCGAACUAAACGAGGAGAUUCAUAGGAAGACUACUACUCCAAUAUGGGACUUAAAGAAGAACAAGAACGCGCUGUCGCGCUUAAGAGAUGGCUUGAUCAUUGUCGAGCAAGCCAAAAAUGCUGGUGGGAAAGAAAAUUUGAAACUAAAGUACGAUGUACAAAGUACGAGUAUUAUGGUUAAAAAUUUUCUGAAUAUAGGAGACUAUAUUUCUGCGGCUGCAGAAUUUCUAAAUAUGGCGCUAUCCUUUCAAGCAACUUGGGAAUGGUGGUGGAUGACGGAGCGGCUUUAUCGUAGCGCUCUGGAGAACGCUGAAUUGAUCGAAGAUGAUAGCCAUCAGAUGAGCACCUUCGUACAUUACCUGUACGGCCGAUUUCUGUUCGAGCAAAUUCGCGCGGUGCAAUCAGUACAAGAUACGGCAGGGUCGCUAUAUCACUUAAAUAUCGCACGUGAAGCGUCUCAGGAGAAGUUAUGGAAUGCGUCGAAGAUAACUGAUCGAAAAGAAGAGACCAUCUUUCAAGAAUGCAACGUGCUUCUGUAUAAAGUAUUACUGAUGCACGCGCAACAAGUCGGCUGCGAUCAACCGGAUGUCGCUGUGAAAACAUGCACCGAAGCUCUCGUGCGAGCGACGGACUGUAAGCUGUUUUUUAUUAAAACCUCAUCCUACGAAUCAUUAAUCAGCCUCACAUCCGUAGCUGGACAUUACGAAUACAUAGCGAAUGUUCUAUACGAACUGGGGAUGAAUCAGUUGCGAUUGCGCGACGUGGAAGUUGCCUUCCAAAACUUGUCCAAAUUCCUGGCGAUGAUUAAGAGAAUCUCGGACCCGGAGGGAAUAUGCAAUGCGCAUAUGGUGAUGGCACUUGCGUACAAGUUAUAUCACGAUAGAAUGAUUAAUGUGGAGAACGUCGAGGAAUUGAACGACGAUAUAAACACGGAGAAGUAUCUCCAGUUACUCAUGGAAAGUGCAGUCGAAUCUGGACUUACGAGAAAAGUAGCACAGGCACACUACUGCAUUGGCGAGCAUUUUUUGAAUAAGAGGAGGCCAGAUAUUGCAACCUUUCAUUUAGAAAAAUCCUUUGAAUUGUAUAACAAACUUGGUUUAUGCAACGAUGCUGAUAAGGCGCGAGUCUUUGCCGGAGUUUCGAAAGGCUAGUUAUACUUCUUCAACACGUAAACUGUAAUAUGAGACGCAUUUAUAAUGCCUUCGUUUUUUUUAACAGGGCAAGAAACCAUUGAUCAAUAUAUCCAUCUUGUGCAGCAGUGCGGAACCGCCGAUCCGAAAGCAAUAACAAUGCUUUGUCAAUGGAAAAAUCGUAGAAGCGUUUUUUGGACUGAAAAAGAAGAGAAGAAGCUACACGCUGGUAAGAGACAACAUUUCAUAAUCAAUCAAAAUUUAAAUAAAAUCUCUACCAGAGUUUACCUCUUGCAAUUCUUAAAUAUCUUGAAUAUCACGUCUUUAUAAUACAUCACAAGUAACUCAAUGCAAUAUUAUCAUAUAUUUUAGAAAGUUCAGAAAAGUUUGCUCAAGGAAACCAGAGGUGAUGUCUCAUGGUCGUAAUGUGCUCUCAGCAUUUGACAUAAUUUUUUGUAGUAAAUAAUAUAAUGCAUAAUAUAAACAUUCACAAUUACAUCAAUGAACGUCUUUUAUAAAUGGCAUUCUAGUAUUACGGUAAAAAUUAAAAUUUAAUAAUUACAAAUUUAAUUUUAAUAAAAUAAAAAUAAGUACUUUUGAAAUUAAAAAAACAACGAAAGGAUUAACGAAAGCAAUUGAAAGUCAGCGCCUCCAAUAAUUCGCAAUGUUUUUUUACAAUCCUUGCACAUUGUUUGCGACCUUCAG